GUUUGACUGGCAACGAAGAACAUAUCCAUGCUUCACCUCCACCUCUGACUUCACCCGGAGAAGGUCCAUCGAGAGACCCGCAUCGAGACGAUGUUACCAGUAUGAAUCCAAACGUGAGAAACCCGUACCGAGAUGACUCAACUAGCAGCACGACUCUAUUUUCGAAGCAGCAAACAACAAGAACUACACAAAGUCUUUCCCCAGUGCCGGUCGCUGUCGGCAGUUCUGGAAGCAAUCGCACAUCACAACAGCAGCUCCAGAACACCGAUCUACCAACCACGUCGAGGAACCCUAUCGGCGAGCCAAUACGAUCUCGUAGACGUUCGCCAUCAACAUCGUCUUCGUCAGCGACAAUCACCAGUCGCAAUAGCAAAAGUUUCGCACUGCAGUGGAACAUUCGGGGCCUCCGCUCCAAUAUCGAUGAACUUAAGCAGCUGAUCGCCCAACACGAGCCAAAACUGAUAGCGUUACAGGAAACAAAAGUGGACAACCGAGUAGUUCCAGCAGACUUUAUCGGUAACAACUAUACUCUGCUGCUGAAAACUGGUAGCUGUCGAUACUGGCAACAAGGAGUAGGUCUUGCCAUUCGGGAUGGUGUACCCUUCGAACGAAUCGAUGUCGACGACAAUAUACAGGUCAACGUAGAGGGGCAUUUGUCGCCAGCACAUCCGCUGGAAAAUGGUGUGCCGCAGGGCUCAGUGCUCUCUGUGACACUAUUUCUCGUGGCUAUCCAACCCAUCUUCCGCGUGGUUCCAAACUCCGUACAAGUGUUGCUGUACGCCGAUGAUAUUCUGCUUCUUGUGUGGGGGAAGAAAGACCAGUCGCUGCUCCGAAAACUUCAGGCCGCAGUAAAAGCCGUCGAUAAAUGGUCGAGAAGUGCGAUAAAGAUAGAUGGUGUAGCCGUUCCGACACAAACGCUGCUGAGAACUCUCGGUGUCAAUCUCGACCGAUCGCUCAACUUUAAAGCACAUUGUAAAUUGACGAAGAAGACAUGUGAAUCCAGGCUGCGUAUCUUGAAGAUGAUCGGUGCCAAGUUGCCCCGUGGUCAACGCACUUCUUUACUGCAAAUCGGGUCCGCAAUUGUUACCUCGCGACUCCUCUACGGUAUGGGACUUGUAAGCAGAGGAGGAGAUGCCGUUAUCCAAACGCUCGCUCCUACAUACAACACGAUGGUAAGGUUUGCAUCCGGUGCAUACGUCACGAGCCCAAUCGUAGCCAUUAUGGCAGAAGCUGGAACCCUACCAUUCGACCUACUCGUUCUUCAAAAUAUAGCCCGCUUGGCCAUCCAUACGUUGGGAAAAAGCAAGGAUAAUGCCGAUCUCCCCCUGGUACAUCGAGCAUCCGAACGUCUGACAGAGGUGAUCGGAAUCCCUCUUCCAGAUAUUUGCACUCGUACACGUUUAGCUGCACGAAGAUGGUACGAAUCCAAGCCCCAGAUCGUGUGGGACAUAAAGAGACGUGUGAAAGCUGGUGACCCCUCGGAAAUUGUUCGGCCUGCUUUUCAGGAGCUCCUAGCAGGUCGUUUCAACCGUUCAACUAUCGUCUACACGGAUGGCUCGAAAGACGACCAUGCAGUAGGUGUGGGAGUGUAUGGAGAAUACUUCCAACAAGCGGUUGGUCUUCCAUCGUCAUGCAGCGUUUUCUCGGCAGAAGCGUUUGCAAUCAAAACGGCGCUAGCAACACAUAACACGGUCAGUGAUUUGGUGGUUAUGUCUGACUCGGCCAGUUGCUUAUCGGCAUUAGAAGCUGGCACAUCGCAACACCCGUGGAUUCAGCAGAUUGAAAACAUGUUACGAGGCCGUCCAAUCAAGCUGUGCUGGAUUCCGGGUCAUGCUGGUAUCCAUGGCAACGAAGAGGCAGACCGCCUCGCAGGAGAAGCCAGGGGUAAUGCCCCCUUGCAAAUAGCCGUUCCUGGAGCAGACGCGAACAACCAAAUGAAAACAGCUAUCCGAAAUCAGUGGUGCCGUCGAUGGUCUGCGUCCACUGAAGUAAAACUUCGCGAAGUUAAAUUCGACACAGGGAAAUGGACUGACCGCGAGAAUUCGGCUGAACAGCGAGUGCUUACCCGACUUCGAAUAGGGCAUACCCGGCUAACACACGACUUUCUGCUAAAGAAAACUUCACCACCAGUGUGCGACUGCUGUGGGAUCAUUGUAGAUGUCCGCCAUGUGAUCCUCCACUGCAGAAAAUACGAUGACGCUAGAAGGAAGCACGAUAUCGAGUCGACUAGUCUGCGAGCGGCUCUGCGCAACGAUAGGAAAAAUGAGGAGA